AUGCCGUCUUCCAUCACGAGACGAACAGGGGCCCUCUUCUUUCUAUAUCCGGACGACGAAGGAUCAUAUCAGCAGAGAUGUUGUGGAGAUGAAGGGGCGGUAAAGGGAUCCAAGGCCCGCGCCCGGACGUUGGAUUCUGCUUCGUCUGGAACCACUCUGACGCCACGGGCUGGUCUUGACGCUUAUGGAUAUCCAACUGUCUGGAACCGGGAAGGGUCUUCUCAGGCAAGAGGACCGAGACGAGGGAGAGGAGAGGACUUUCCUGGAUCUCCGCGUGACCUACUUGGUUCUUCCAGCUUGGGAAUCAAGGCAAGAGUGUUUGCGCCUGGAACCGCCAACCUAGGACUUCCUUUGUCUCGGAGCACGAAUCAGCAAGUUGACACUUUGUUGUCAGCUUGGUCAAAAUAUGACAAGUCGCCUCGAGAAGAUGCGAUACAAGUGCUUGAUCAGGCGUGGCCAUUCGGCGACGAUGAUCAAGUCCAAACUGGACAUCGAAACAAGAACCAUUUGGUUUCCAUUGCUACCAUCUUUCAGACUUCUGCUGACCAGAACUCCAUCCUCGUACAGUAACGAUAGGAGACACCAAGUCCAAGUCCUUCCUCGAAGAAUGGGCCGAUCUAUAACCAGCGGGCAGCUCACUUCUGCUUGACUUGUUAACGGGGCCAGACAGUCUUGGCUUUGGCAGUCAGGCUAUUCGACUGUUUGAUAAACCAAACCCAGAUUCGAUCCGAGAGACCGACUCGGCGGCGAACGAUUAUACAAUAGAAUAAAGGGGACGAAAGAAACAGUGUUCCAGCCACGACCUGAGAAAUGCAAUGCCGCCUAGUUAUGUUGUCCUUGCUGGGUUGUAGCUCGUGUUAUUUCCAGUCGGAUAUUAGCUGGAAAGACCAGGGGCUAUAAUCUGUAACCAGUACCAGACUUUGGUUGGCGUUCCCCUGCAUUGAGCAAUGCAUGAAGAGCCACUACAUUUUGGUUAUUCCGAAUAAUCUCCUACUAUCUGUAUUUACACGACUUGAAAGAGAAGUCAACAAGUGUUGAAUUGGUCGUGGUUGUCGGCUCGCUGUCUUGGUCUGGUUUAGGCAUAAUAUGCUUGCAGACAAAAGUCCUGAGUUGCACCCUGCCAUCAGCUCCAGGAGAUCAUGCCUUGCAGAGACUACUGGACAUUACCAAGCUGCUGCUGCAUAUGUUCGUAGUUGAAGCUGGUCAAGGGCAAGAUGGUCUGAAAACUCUCGAUGGUUUCACUGUUGAUGCAAGCCAUGCAACAGUACUUUGAUAAGCACGGACCCCAUACUUGCAGCUGGCCUUUCUUGUUAGCAGUGCUAUCACGGCUAAUAUGCUUCAUCAAUGGACUUUUAAUACUGGCUGUCGCUAUGCAAUAUGCGAACUCUGAUCGAGACAAGCAACCUACAGGCACCUUCAGCAAAGCUGAUUGUUAUAUGGCCCCCUUCGUUGGACACUCUACUGUUUAUCAUCGUCGACAAGCUUUUGUCGACCAAAAGCCUCUAUAUCUUUGUUUGAUUCUUCUGACUCGUUCCUUGCUCCCCGCCCGUCGGCCAAAUUCCCUAUAGGGCCUCAGAUCAACCAUUUGGUGCCCUUUAACUUGUUUUCACCGGCCCAGCGCAUCGGUUGCUGAUACUGAACCUUGGAGCUCACCUUUCUCUCGAUUCAUUGCCCAUGUCUACAGCUAUUCUGGUUUCCACUUUCGUACGUCUCGCUUGGGCGACACUCGUCGCCUUAAGAGGACUAAUGCGGCCGGGCCGGAGACCCGGAGACACAACAGCACGCUCCACACUGUGUGAGGGGAAAAGAAGACGCCUGGCGCCUUUCACUUCAAUGAGAAACCGGCCAGAGUCCGUCUUCUUUUUACGAGUUUGGUGGCUAGGCAAAGUUGAGGGAUCUUGGUAUCUGGACCCAUGAGGUAUCACGACAUGUCAUGAUGGGGUUUGUUGGCUGAAGAGAAGGGACGGGAAGGCCCGCGCGGGUAAAGAAGGGAUGGAACCAACAUAUGACAGGGGUGGCUUUUAGGGCGUCAUGCAAGAUGGGAUGAAGCAAGGGUGCACUUAACUUUGGCUCUAGAGAAACCGUCUAUGGGCUUGGUGUUGCGAUUCCACUGUUGUCAAGAUCGAGACCCAAGGUGGAUGAACCUAUUGGGCGCGUCCUUCAAGUUCCCGCAUCAAUGCAAGCUAAAGUGAUUAUCGCUCUGGCUUCGGGUUUGGCCGUUUAGCCUCCCCGUGGCUGGGCUGGAUACGAUGGGCCCGACGAGACCCUCAAAAUAGAAACGAGUCAAGAGAACAGACUCCCAUACAGACCAUAAGGCUUGUAGUGAGUCAUUAGCUCAUCAGUAACCUAGUGAUAGCCUCUUGAUCUAUUUAAGUCUGUCGGAUAUCCCGAUUCAUGGGCAUACCGGUGGCGUGUCGCUCAUGAAUAGCUUGGUCAACUCUCCCGUGAAGGUCUCGACCGAGAUGGAGAUUCGCGACGUUCCCGACAAUGUAAUAUACUCUAUCUAAGAUAGGCAAGUAUUGGUUAUCCAGUCAUGAAGCAUCGAUGACAAGAUCGAAUCGAUAGUGCGAAAGGGAGCCGAUGAACUUCAGUUGAAGACUACACAGCCC